AUGACAGCGCUCACAAAUUUUGCGACUACCUUGCUGAACCAGAACAACACGGUUGUUACCAUAUCGGCCAUUGAUGUCGUGGAAAGAUUCUGUGUAGAGUCAGAUGGCAGUGCAGUUUGCCCGAAUUCUACGACUCUAAAACGAACGACGGAAUUGACAUCUGGUACCAUGAUUGCGCCUCCAUUUGCCGUGUGGUGGGAAUCGACCGACCUAUCGAGCUUCCCUAGCUUGUACGCGUCGGGCCUCGCAUCGUUACUCAAAAUCUCCUUUGGAACCACAGCUAGUGUUUCGUCGAACGAUACUCCUCCAAUAUCCCCACCUUCGAACACGAAUUCAGAUAAAGAAAAAUCCGCCUUGAGUCUUGGCGCGAUAGCUGGUAUAGCCGUUGGUGUAGGCGCAUUCGUCAUAAUCGGUAUCGUCUUCCUCCUGUACAUUUGGAGAAGACGCAAGCAGCAAAGACAACGCCUCCAGCAUCGGAACGAACCGGAGAUGGAAGGUAGUCCAGGAGGAUUCAAGAGCUUUAUGGGUGAAGAUUGGAGAGCUGAGGCGGACGGGACUACGGGGCGCGUUGAGACGGAUGGGACUACGGGGCCGGUGGAGGUGGAUGAGGAAUCGAGAGCUGUGAGAGCGUUUCCUGGGCCGCCGGUGGAGAUGGAUGGUACACAGACGGCGAGAGGCUGA